UCCCUUUUGAAACACGUUAUACUGAUAUUAUCAACAAAGCUAAUACUGUACCUUCUUUUUUUAAUCACGAAUUUUUGAAAAAAAAAAACCUCGUUGAUCUUCUCUGCACAGAUCACUCUCUAAUUAGCUCCUUUACUUCCUAAGCUCUUAGCAUAAUCAAUUGAUAUCGAUGGCAAAGAACUCGGAGAGUAGCAGCAAGAACCAGGAGACGAAGAAAGAAAGCAGAGUGUGUGAGAAGAUUUUCAGAGCAAUGACGAGUCCUGUUCGAACUGUUCGCCGCCUCUCCACCAAACCUUCACCGAAGCACCACCAAGCGGAGCCUGUCCGCGUCAAGUUCUCUGAGACGUCGACUCAGGCAGCCAAACCCAUUUCAAAGAUGGAGCCGCUGAUCACUCGAGUGGAGACGAAGCUGAAAACGGACGAGAGGUUCACUGAUUAUAUAAAGAAAGCCAAACUGAAGAUCAGGGCAGUGACGAAUCCAGGUGACAUGAUGAGGAACGAUGCGUCGAAGACAAGUGAAGCAGAGGCACGUGAUCAUCGUCGUCAGUGCCAUGUCCCUACCGCUAGUGUCUCGAGAGAGGGUAGCAGUGGAAGGUCAUCAGAUCAUUUCUCCGAGUACAUAAGGAAGGCGAAGAUGAAGCUCAGAUCUUCCACCAUCGCUCGUGCGAACCCAACUUACAAGGAUUGAUGAAUUCCCACUAAAUUAUUAUAUGAAUAAUCCAGCUUACCCGAUGGCCUUCAUAUACUACUACUACACGUACCUUUUUAACACAAAGGAAAGAAAACCCUUUUCGACAGCAUCAGCUCCUCCGGUCAUUUGCCAACGGCUGUUUAGAUUUGUGGUGGCUGG